UGAAGAGAUUCCUUAACCAUUGAAGAUGGCGAGAAUUUCUCUGUUGCGUUACUCUUGCAAUGGUUUCUCAUGCUUUGCUAUUUCACGUUCUGGUUCGGCAAUUACAAUCAGAGAUUAUUUUUCUUCUCAGAGCAACACAUCGAUUUCUUCGGCAAAGGAUAAAUUUGAGAACGUCAAGUGCUUAGAUGAUGCUGUGAGUCUUUUCCGUCGAAUGGUCAGAGCUCAGCCUCUUCCCUCUGUUUUUAGCUUCUCGAAAUUAUUGAAGACUAUGGUAAAUAUGAAGCAUUACUCUGCUGUUCUUUCCCUUUUUCAAGAAAUGCUGAAAUUACGCAUCCCAAUUAGUGAUUCCAUCUUGAAUAUAGCUAUUAACAGUUAUUGCCUAAUGCAUUGUUCUGAUGGCGGAAUUUCAGUGUUGGCCAUUUACUUGAAGAGUGGCAUUCCAUUUGAUGUUAUUACCUUUAGCACCUUACUAAGGGGACUCUUUGCGGAAAAUAAGAUAAAAGAUGCGGUUAACUUGUUCAAAAAGUUGGUGAGAGAGAAUAUUUGUGAGCCUAAUGAAGUCAUGUAUUUGACAGUCAUGAAUGGGCUCAGCAAAAUGGGCCAUACUCUUCACAGAUUUUAGAGCUAAGAAAAUUUCGACAAGAAUACAAGGCUAACAAGUUUGCUACAUAUCUACUAGUGCAGUUAUUUCUUUUAAUGUUGUUAUGGCUUAUGGCUUUAUGCCUGCAUAUUAAUUUUUAUCUCUCUGACCAUUGAAGGAUCUCGGAGGAAUGAUAUGUCAAGUAUAUCACAGAGGAAAUCAGCAAAGUAGUCAAACUCCAGGAAGAGCUAGACACCUACGUUGACUGAUGUUUUGUUGCUUUAUAGAUUUUAGACUUGCUAUCAAAUUGCUCUGGCUAUUAAGGAUGAGGUUGAAGAUCUUGAAAAGGCUAGCUUUAACGUUGACUACUGAAGCUGCUUUAAGAGAGGGUUUGCUCGUAGGAAGACUGAGGAGGCUUUCUACUUGAAUUGGGCUUUACAUUCAUUCAGGAUAACCAUUUGUCGUGUUCAAGACACUACUCAGAAGAUACUCUAAAUAGGCUGCUUAUUCACACUAUCAGUACAAGAUGAAACUGAAGAUGUUCACAAAAAGGAAAAAAACUUGGUGAACCUGUGUUCCAAGUAAAAGGAAGAGCAUCAUGAUCUUAAUUUCGAGGCAACAGUGGCAGUGGCUGGUGAAUUG